AUGAAGCUCUCACUUGCUCUUUUGGCGACCGCCCAAGCCGGAAUUGGCCGCGAUGUCGUCGAAAUGACCCGCCAAAUUUCUGACAAGUACGAGCAACGACUCAUCAAUGAGUUCAAGCAGUGGAAGGAUGCGUUCGAGAAGGAGUACGAAACGAUUGAGGAGGAGAUCCAACGAAUGGGCACCUGGAUGAAGAACAUGCUCCACAUCGAAGAGCACAACUUCCAGCACUCGCUCGGCAAGAAGACCUUUACCCUCGCCAUGAACAAGUACGGUGAUCAGACUUCUGAAGAAUUCGCCUCUACCUACAACGGUUUCCUCCACUCCGAAGGCAAGUCUCGAAAGCUCUUCGGUCUUCACGAAGACACCUUCUACCUCGACUACCUCAACGACGACGAGAGCAAGCUCGCCAAGUCUGUCGAUUGGCGAGAGAAGGGCGCCGUCACCGAGGUCAAGGACCAGGGCCAGUGCGGUUCUUGCUGGUCAUUUUCUGCAACUGGCGCUCUCGAGGGACAGAUGGCCCAGGUCUUUGGCAAGCUCCCAGAUUUGUCUGAGCAGAACCUUGUCGACUGCUCUCGACCUGAAGGCAACCAGGGCUGCAACGGUGGUUUAAUGGACGCUGCUUUCCAGUACGUCAAGGACCAGGACGGUCUUGAUGGCGAAGACUGGUACCCAUACGAAGGAGUUGAUAACAAAGAGUGCCGAUAUGACAAGGCUCACCGAGAAGCUGACGAUACUGGAUUCAAGAUGAUCCCAGAGGGCAACGAAAAGGCCUUGAAGCACGCUCUUGCAAAGGUUGGGCCCAUUUCCGUCGCCAUUGAUGCUUCCAACCCAUCCUUCCAAUUCUACCAGAGCGGUGUCUACUACGAGCCACACUGCUCUCCAGAAAACCUUGAUCACGGUGUUCUCGCUGUUGGCUACGGAACUGAGGAUGGCGAGCACUACUACCUCGUCAAGAACUCCUGGUCCGAAGCCUGGGGAGACAACGGCUACAUAAAAAUGGCCCGAAACAAGGACAACCACUGCGGUAUCGCCUCCUACGCCGUCUACCCGGUCGUCUCAUCUGUCGACAACAACGGCGAGCCAUUGUAA